UUAACAGGUGCCCGGAUGUUGUAUAAAUAGUUGCCCAGCAGCCGAAAUCAGAUCCUGGUUGAAAAGCGUUGAAAAGUGGUAUUUCUAUGGUGCAUUUCCUCCUGUUUCGUCUUUAGAUGACAAACAAAUUGCUGCGUUCAGUCAGGAGGUGAAAAUCUAACAAUGGCAAGUUCUGAUGAUGUAGUUGCAAAAUGGCAGCUGGCUCUCCCAGAUGGUCUACAUGUCGUCAUAUUUGAACAUGGCACAACUUCAGGAAAGCGUGUCAUUUGGGUGGAUGGAAAGGAUAUAUUUAGGAAGGAAUGGAUGUUUAAACUAGUGGGUAAAGAACACUUUGAAGUGGGAAAAGCCAAGUGUACAAUUGGUGUAGAAGCUGUGAGUGGGUUUGCCUAUGAAUACACCUUGGAAGUGAAUGGAAAGCCACUGCAGAAGUUCCGGGAAAACCAGAGGAAAAUUCAAAAAGCUUGGAAUGUAGUUGUAGAUGGAGAAAUCAAAAGGAUAUGUCUAGAGAAAGACACCUUGGAUGUGUGGAUGGCCGACAGAAUGGUAGAAACGCAGGGAGUAUUUACAGACACAGGAGUGGAGACAUACUUCAACAUCAGCGAGAGAAUGACGGGCAGGAUAGUGGCUACAAGUAGUGGCAAGAAGAGUAAAGGAAUUAUACACACACUGUUUGUCAAUGAUGACGAGAUAUUAGAGGCUACAAAUGAAUAAGGAGAAAAUCUAAGGCCUGAAAAUCAUCAACAUAUAUAUACUGGUACUGACUCAACAGGAGUCGGUCUGAAAAUCACCAACAUACUGGUGCUGACUCAAACAGUUAAACUCUGCUCCUGAAGUCAAACUAGGCACAGUUUAAAAAUCAUCCUUAGCUUGUGGACACUCUUAACUUAAAGUUUUGAUUGUAUAACUAUGUGUACCAAAUACCUCUGUCUAACCCCCAUUGUAUGUUCUACUGUGUACCAAAUAUCUCUGUCUAACCCCCAUUGUAUGCUCCACUGUGUACCAAAUAUCUCUGUCUAACCCCCAUUGUAUGCUCUACUGUGUACCAAAUAUCUCUGUCUAACCCCCAUUGUAUGCUCUACUGUGUACCAAAUACCUCUGUCUAACCCCCAUUGUAUGAUAGUAACAUCCCUGUUUCAGGUUAAGAAGGUUGCUCUACCCUAUAUAGCUAUCUGAGUAACUGUAAAUGCUGCAUGAGUUGUCUUGAAUCAAUGAUGCACCUAGGCUGCUGAUCUACUGAUGGUUUGUUACAGAUGCUGAAUUUGACAGUGACUUUGUAAAGUAUAAAUGGUCUAAUGUGCAUAUCAGCUUAAAUAGAACAGCUUCAUCCAUGCAUGGGUAACUCUAAAUGUAACCUGGAUUAUACUUAAUAGAUUCAAUGCAGCUAGGGUUACUCUACUGAAUGGAUGUUACAGAUGCUGAAUUUUAACUAAAAUUUUAUGCCGGCUAAAUGUGAUUGACAGUCAUAUUUUUGUGACCUUAAAAUACCAUUAAUAUUUGCACCAUUGCUCUAUACAAUAAGUGUGAAUGAUCUGGAUAUAGAUAUAACAAGAUGAAGUGUAGCACUCUGUUCGCCAUUGGUAUAGAUAGCUACACUGUUGUAGAACAUGACUUGUCCACAUUGGUAUAGAUAGCUACGCUGUUGUAGAACAUGACUUGUCCCCAUUGGUAUAGAUAGCUACACUGUUGUAGAACACGACUUGUCCACAUUGGUAUAGAUAGCUACACUGUUUUAGAACAUGACUUGUCCACAUUGGUAUAGAUAGCUACGCUGUUGUAGAACAUGACUUGUUCACAUUGGUAUAGAUAGCUACACUGUUGUAGAGCAUGACUUGUCCCCAUUGGUAUAGAUAGCUACACUGUUGUAGAACAUCACUUGUCCACAUUGGUAUACAUAGCUACACUGUUGUAGAACAUGACUUGUCCCCAUUGGUAUAGAUAGCUACACUGUUGUAGAACACGACUUGUCCACAUUGGUAUAGAUAGCUACACUGUUUUAGAACAUGACUUGUCCACAUUGGUAUAGAUAGCUACAUUGUUGUAGAACAUGACUUGUCCACAUUGGGAUAGAUAGCUACACUGUUGUAGAACAUGACU